CCAUGGCACCACUACACCCAUUUCCCUGAGAGGCAGAGACCAGCCCAGCCGUGGUGCCCCUCUGUCCCACCAGGGCUCCCCUCCUAAGGCCAUGGUGGGAUGGAUGGCAGGAGAGAAAGAGGCCGGGCAGGAGGAGCAGCCACGACAGAGCUUUUCUCUGGCUUCUUCCUUGCACUGUCUCCGGAUCUUGUGUACUUCCACAAGGAUGAAAUAAUCAAAGUUUGGGACUGUGUGUCUGAGUGCUAUCGCCAAGACCUGCUGCUGAAGAAGAGGGUUGGGCUGAUGGGCCUGGGUACCAUCCACAUUAUGAAAAGACCCAUCUGGCAUGGAGAAGGGGAAGGUUUCAUGGCCGACAGUCCGGAGUUUGAUCUGAACAAUCCACUUCUGGUGGGGAAGAAGCUCGUCCAUGGGAAAAGCCCCGUGCCUGGGCUCUCCAAAGCUGACGAGCUGGUCUGUGCUGAGGUGGCCUUGCGCCUGCACAAGCCCAAGGCCACCAUCGUCAUGUGCAUCAAGGCCACACUCAGGAUCUGCGAGUGGGCAUUGUCCAGUGGCCAAAACUUCGACUUUGUGUUCAGGGACAUCGGUGUCCUGGUCUGCCGGGGACACCACGUGUCCAUGAGGUUCUUUGAGGGCUUGGUCCGAGACGUGGCACAGUCACAGCACCUGGCAGAUGGUUUGCUCCAGUCACCAAAUCUGAAGCCGUUAUUCAUAGCCCACACGGAAAAGGACAUUUCCCAGAUUCCUCCUGGAGGUGUCUUUGUGCUGCCGCACUUUGUGCAGGCAGAUGGGAAGUCCCAGCCACAUCCUGUAAGUGCUUUCCUACAAGACACUGGCACAAGGGAAACCAACACCAAGCGCCAAACACUGGGGAACCCUCCCAGCCCACACCUCCUUCUUCGUCCACAUCUUUCUCCAAGUCGGAUAUAUGAUGUGAAAGUGAAGGGAAGAGAAAAGAAAAGGGCUGAUAGUGGAGUGCAGAGAGGGAGUUUGCUGCCUCCAGUUGAGAACUCUGUGAAGAAGGGCAGAGCCUCCAAGGGGAUGGAAGAACCCAAAGCUAGGCUGGCAGCUUCCACCAUUCAGGGAAAACCUGUCCAGCAGCUUCCACCCCGGGCAGAGCAGAGGAGUCUGAAGAAGGCUGCUGCAUUCUCUCCUGGAAGAUUUGAAAGGCUAAGGAAGGAGAGAGUGGCUGCUGUGGCAGGAGUGGCUGCUGCUUUGUCCCCAGAAGGGAGAAAGGAGAAGAAGACACCGUCCCCUCGUAGAAGAACACCAGAGCCAAGGUCCCCACGAGCCAAGCAGGUGCUGCUAAAUCUGCAGCCUUACAAAGCUGCCCGGGAGCAGUGCAUGAAGGCCUUGCAGAUCAACAAGCUGCGGAAAUGGUCCAACGCCGGCUCCCUCGCUCCUGGAUCUAAGCUGAGCUUGGUGAAGAAGCGGGAGGUCCACGAGGAGACAACAGCAGAACUGGAGCAUGGGGGCAGCUACGUGGCACCAUGAGAAAAGGAAUAAAGACCUAGAAAUCCA